AUGGCUACUGCAACACCACAAAUUACCGGAGAGUCUGUUCAAACGACAUUAGAGGUAUUAGAUAAAGUUGGUAUAAAAGACAACAUCGAAGAAGCAAUUCAGACUGUUGAUAAAGAUACACCGGAACAAAGAGAAGAAGAAGAGAAAAGAAUUACCAGGCGCAUUUAUAGAGUUGAACUAUUAUUAAAUUUUUUAAUGUAUUAUACCAGUUUAAUUAUCCAAUGGCUGACUUUAUUAGGACUUAGUAGUAGUUUUGGCAACUUCCUUUAUAAUGUACUUAUUGGAUCAUUCGUUUUCACCGAAUGGAAUUUCGGAGAUAUUUCGACCGUUGGUAAGAUUUCCGGAGUGACAAUAAGUUUACAAAUCAUACUUUUUAUAAUUUCAAAUAUAAUUGUUUUAUUUUAUCGAAGAUUUCACCCAAGCAAACAGUCACCUGCAAGAUUACAAGGCCCAAUUUAUUAUAAUGGAAUAUUAAAAGGGUUCAAUUUAUUAAAGCCAAAAGUUGAAUCUUAUAAUACAUCAGUCAAGAAAUUGGACGCUCAAUUUUCUCAAAUUUUGGGCGCAAUUUCACAAGUCCUGAUCAUUAUCGCAGCUUCAUUCUCCGCCAGUAGUAAUAUAACAUCUCUUAAUGGAAUCUCCGAUAGUGGUAUUGAUACUGCCUUUCCAACUGGACUUGGAGGUUUUAUACAAAUUGAGAAUAAUCAAGUUGAAGAAGAAUCAAUAGCAGUAAAACAUGCCGCCGGAUUUGCUAAAACCACUUUACUGGUAGCAGUUUUAGCUAUAAUUAUGACAUCUAUAAUGAAUGUUAUUAGUUGGAUGAUAGGUAUCUGGAAAGUAAAUAAUGACGAAUUGAUUGUUUAUGCUAUCUUUAAAUUUAUCACAAGAAUGAUUACUUGUUAUCCUUGUUUCCAUGAUAAAUUGGUUGGUGCAGAUAAAAAGAUCGAUGAUAAAACUAAUGAAUCCGAAAUGGAAGCUCUUGAGGAAAUGGGUACACAGAAAAAACCGCCGUUAGAACUCGGAAAGAAAAAUACCUUAACUAGUCCCAAUGUUCAAACUCUUAUCGACAUUUCUGGUCAUCAGAAAAAACCCGAUGAAAACAAAUCCGACGAGAAGAAAUCGGAUGAAAAUAAAAAUAAGACGUCCUCUGGUGGAGUGGGUAUUUUAAAUAGCAUUAGUAAUUUAUUUAAUAAAAAAGAGGGAGCCUCAGGUAAAGAAAAUACAAUUGAUGAUCUUAAUAGUAUAGUAAUUAGAAUAAACUCGCCCAUCACCACCAUCAUCCUUAUUCGAUGA